ACCGUAUCGUAAGUGUUCCUUUGUUUGUCCGAUCUUAGGCAGCGAGAGAAUCGACGGUUCACGCCGGAUAUCAAGAUCCCGGCGAUGAUGGAGUCACACGGCGUCGGUCUCCGCCGUGUUUUGGAGCUGACAUUUUGCGUCGCCGGUAUUUGGACGGCUUAUAUAUAUCAAGGCGUUCUUCAAGAGACUGUGUCUACUAAGCGAUUUGGCCCAGAGAAGGAGAGGUUCGAACAUCUGGCAUUCUUAAAUUUGGCGCAAAGUGCUGUUUGUUUGAUAUGGUCAUUCAUGAUGAUAAAGCUGUGGCCCAGUGGUAGUACUGGUCAUGCUCCAUGGUGGAGUUAUUGGAGUGCUGGCAUUACAAAUACGAUUGGGCCAGCUAUGGGGAUUGAAGCUCUGAAAUACAUCAGUUAUCCUGCUCAGGUCCUGGCAAAAUCCUCAAAAAUGAUUCCAGUGAUGCUGAUGGGGACUCUCGUAUAUGGUAUUAGAUACAGUUUCCCAGAGUAUCUUUGUACUAUCCUUGUUGCUGGUGGCGUGUCUGCCUUUGCGCUGGCAAAGACUAGCUCAAAGACAAUAAGCAAGCUGGCUCAUCCUAAUGCCCCACUUGGAUACGGACUGUGUUUUCUAAAUUUGGCAUUUGAUGGUUUCACGAAUGCCACACAAGAUUCAAUCUCAGCAAGGUACCCGAAGACAAGCGCAUGGGAUAUAAUGCUAGGAAUGAACUUAUGGGGUACCAUCUACAAUUUGGUAUUCAUGUUUGGUUGGCCACAAGCAAGCGGAUAUCAAGCAAUUCAAUUCUGCAAACUUCACCCUGAAGCAGCUUAUGAUAUCUUAUACUACUGUUUGUGUGGUGCAGUCGGCCAAAACUUCAUAUUUUUUACCAUUAGCAGGUUCGGUUCUUUAACCAACACCACCAUCACCACGACUCGCAAGUUUGUGAGCAUCGUGGUGUCAUCACUUCUUAGUGGUAAUCCGCUAUCUAGAAAGCAAUGGGGGAGUGUGUUCAUGGUGUUCAGUGGGUUGUCAUACCAAAUCUACCUCAAAUGGAAGAAACUGCAAAAAAUGCAGAAGAAGAGGAAAACCACCUAAUCCGUUUUCGUUAACCUCAUAAUCAUGCUCUAUAAUGUAGCAUUUAUUCAAACCCCAAGUUUUCGGGGGGUUGCCUAUUUGUAAAUGUAGCCGAGUGUAACUGAUUAGAUCUUAUAUAGUCGGUGGAGCGGCCAAUUUGUUACUAGUUAUACUGAACAACAGGUUUCUUUCCUUGCUUAUGCUACAUGAGAUGAUACGGAAUGUAGAUUUUGAUCCAAAGGAAAUUUGUAGGGA